GCAGACGCCAAACGGGAAACGCCGCGUUUCAAUCAGUUAACUUAACUUCACAUAAUUUAAUUAAAACUUUAUUUUGCUUUGCUGCUUGUCUUUCGCAAUAAGCAAGUCAAGAUGAGUCAGAAUGUUUUGGUGGUUGGAAGUGGAGGCCGAGAGCAUGCUCUGUGCUGGAAACUCUCUCAAUCUACUAAGAUAAACAAGGUGUUUGCUGCUCCUGGAAAUGUUGGCAUCAGAAAGUUAAAAAAGGCUGUGAUUGUGAAUCUUGAUAUCAAAAACUUUAACGCUGUAGCUGUGUGGUGUAAGCAGGAAAGUGUGACUCUAGUAGUGGUAGGGCCAGAAGAUCCGUUGGCCAAUGGUAUUGCUGACGCUCUGUCUGCGGCUGGGAUAAAUUGUUUCGGCCCAACAGCUGCUGCAGCGAGAAUAGAGGCAGACAAGGACUGGGCAAAGAAGUUUAUGGAUCGACACAGCAUUCCUACAGCUCGAUGGCAGGGCUUCACCUCGGCAGACGACGCAGUUAAUUUUAUUAAUAGGGCAAAUUUCCCGGCUUUAGUAGUGAAGGCUGCAGGGUUGGCAGCAGGCAAGGGUGUUGUAGUGGCGGCCGACACUGAGGAGGCGACUGCGGCAGUCAGGGAAUGUCUGGUGGACAAGAAGUUUGGAAAGGCUGGGGAAAUUGUAAUUGUUGAAGAACUGCUUGAUGGACCUGAAGUUUCGGUCCUGGGCUUCUCAGACGGCCGCACUGUGAAAGCCAUGUUGCCAGCGCAGGAUCACAAGCGAGCACUGGACGGAGACCUCGGCCCCAACACUGGAGGCAUGGGCGCGUACUGUCCUUGUCCUCUGCUGUCCAACCAACAGCUGUCUUGGGUAGAGGAGCAUGUUCUGCAGAGAACUGUUGACGGACUCAGACAAGAAGGAUGUCCUUUUGUGGGUGUGUUGUAUGCUGGUUUGAUGCUUACCAAGGAUGGACCCAAAGUGUUGGAGUUCAAUUGUCGCUUUGGUGACCCAGAAACCGAGGCAAUCCUCCCUCUGCUUCAGUCAGAUCUGUUUGACAUUAUGAUGUCUUGCUGCAGUGAGACGUUAGUCAGCCAGGAGGUUUGCUGGGCCUCUGGGUGUUCCACAGUAGCUGUCAUCAUGGCUUCCAGAGGAUACCCGGUCACCUCCAGCAAGGGUGACAUUAUAAAAGGAGUUGAGAGACUGUAUGACAGCUCAGACCUGGUGGUGUUCCACUGUGGCACGGCGGAGGUGGCGGGGGAGCUGGUGACUGCGGGGGGGCGAGUGUUGGCUGUGGUGGCGAGGUCCCCCCAUCUGGUGACAGCUGCAGCACGUGCCACCGCAGUUUGCAGCACCAUCACUUUCCCUGGUGGACAGUACAGGAGAGACAUUGCACACAAGGGCAUUCCUAGGUGGAUCCUGCAGAGAGGCAAAACAACGUACAAGUCUAGUGGUGUAGAUAUAGACGCAGGAGAAUCACUUGUAGAUGCUAUAAAGCCAGCAGUGGCUGCCUCCACACGUCCGGGCGUGAUGGGUCACAUUGGCGGCUUUGGCUCUCUCUUUGACCUCAAGAAAACCAACUACAAAGAUCCUAUACUGGUGUCAGGCACCGACGGAGUCGGGACUAAACUUAAGAUUGCCCAGGAGAUGGGUAUCUACUCCACUCUAGGACAGGACCUGGUGGCGAUGUGUGUCAAUGACGUACUGUGUCAGGGAGCUGAGCCUCUCUACUUCCUUGACUACUUCGCCUGUGGUCGUCUGCAGGUCUCCACUGCUACGGACAUCGUUGUUGGCAUCGCAAAGGCCUGCUCUAUGGCUGGGUGCGCUUUGGUUGGAGGAGAGACAGCAGAGAUGGCAGGACUUUACAAAGAUGGAGAUUUUGACUUGGCAGGGUUUGCAGUUGGAGCAGUAGAGCGGAGUAAUGUGCUGCCGCGUCUAGACCAGAUCAAACCUGGUGACAAAGUACUUGGACUUGGGUCGAGUGGAGUUCACAGUAAUGGCUUCAGUCUUGUGCGUAAAGUUAUGAGUAUGCAAGGUCUUGGUGUCAAAGACAAAGCUCCGUUCAGUGACAAAACUCUUGGUGAGGAGCUGCUGACUCCCACGAAGCUCUACGUCAAGUCCGUGUUGCCUGUGAUACAUCAUGUGAAGGCUCUUGCACACAUCACUGGUGGAGGUCUGAUAGACAACCUACCACGAGUGUUGCCUCCACAACUGGGUGUGACACUGGACGCUAACUGCUGGACCAUACCUCCCGUCUUCUCAUGGCUGGCCACCUCAGGAGUGAUCAGUGAGCAGGAGAUGCUGCGGACAUUCAACUGCGGCCUGGGUCUGGUACUGGUUGUUGCUGCGGAGACAGUAGACGCUGUCUCGGCCAAGCUGCCUGAAGCAACAGUCAUCGGCUCUGUAUGCAGCAGAGUUUCUACUGGUGAUCCAGCCGUUGUUGUGGAGAAUGUAGCAGCUGCCUUUGAAUCCACUAUGAAGCCUUUUGUUGCUCCUUUGGUCAGUCGAUUGUCCUCACGCAAACGUGUUGGAGUCCUUAUCUCUGGCAGUGGCACUAAUUUGCAGUCGCUGAUAGACGCCACCUCAGGUCUAGGCAGUGUGGCUAUGGGGGCAGAGAUUGUACUGGUGAUAUCCAACAAGGAAGGAGUACAAGGGCUGGAGAGAGCUGUCAGAGCUGGCAUUCCCACUCAGGUUAUCAAGCACACAGACUUUGCCAGUCGGGCGGAGUUUGACGCAGCUCUGCAUGCCAGUCUACAGCGAGCGGAAGUGGAGAUUGUAUGCUUGGCAGGGUUCAUGCGAGUGUUGACCGGAGCCUUCGUACAGGCUUGGCGAGGCAGGUUACUAAAUAUUCAUCCGUCACUGCUGCCUGCAUUCAAAGGCACACAUGCUCACCGCCAGGCACUAGCUGCGGGGGUCAGAGUCUCUGGGUGUACUGUGCAUUUUGUUGAGGAGGACAUAGACUCUGGAGCUAUCAUCGCCCAGAGAGCAGUGAACAUAGAGGCUGGUGACACAGAGGAUACUCUGAGUGAGAGAGUCAAGCUGGCUGAACAUGAGAUAUUCCCUGAGGCUCUGAGACUGCUAGCUACUGGACGCAUCACCCUAGACCUCCAUACCAACAAGAUAAUCUGGAAUUGAUCAUUACAAUACAACUGUACUAGGGUCUGUCUCUGUUAGAAUAGUAUUUCCCAUCACUGGGGCCUGGAGUGACUCAAGCUUAGUGACCAAGAAAAUGAUCAAGGGUCGAAAAGACUAAUUAGGUACCCAAACUAUAUUUUUUUUUCUGCACCAUUCUUUUAGCUUAGCUACAAAAUGAAUAUUUUGAUUAUUGGGGAAAACCAUACGGCAAAUAGCUAUUUUCCAGACUAUUAACCUAAUGUACUAUUAGCAGACUCUCUUAACUACAUCUGAUUUUUUUACACUUGUGCUAAAUAGGACAACUACCUCAGAUUGGCAACACACACAUUAAAAACAGCUUUUUGCUGCAGUAUGACAAAAAAGUUUUCUCGGCUUGGGGAGACUUGUCAUUAUGUCCAAUUGGUGUAACUGGUAGGCCUAUUAUUCUAAAAUGUGAGUGGUAGUCUUAAGUUGUGUAAUCUCUAUUGAAGUAUGCUCUCUGAUUUGUUAAUAAGCACUGACUACUCAUUUGUUUUUGUGUAAAUUAUAAUACACUAAAAUAUUCUGAAUACUCUAAAAUAUUCGGUAACUCAAUGUCAUUUAGGUAAUGCAAUACUAACUAAAAAUAGUUAACUACACUUACCAGUUGUUAACGGUUACUUAAUGUUUUUAGUAAAAAGCAUUUAGCUUGGAUUAAAUAAAUAUAUAGGAUGGAGAGGACACAGCUAACUCACCUGAUGAAA